AUGGUUCACUUCGACGCUGUUCGCGCUCCACUUCGAUCUCGCGCAAAGUGGCGAGCAGUUAGAGUAUGGAAAACGGAUGACAAUGACCUUCUCCAACAAGUCAUGAUCUCGACAUCUGCGGCAUCAAGUCAACAUACACUCUACAACUGCGGUGGAGGAGGGAGCGGCCAGUCGGGCUUCGACUCAUGUCCUUCCAAUGGCCUUUCCUGUUUGCCUUUCCUCGCUACCCCAGUUCGGUGUAAAUCCAAGUCUAGCGUUGGUUCAACGUCUUCUUUCCAUUUUGUUGGUUCCAGCUCUUCUGCAACAGUAAAACAACGUCGAUGCCACUCGUUAGACCGCCUAGAUUAUGAGACAACUUCUCAGUUCCACAAUAAUGGGAAGUUCUUGAAUGACGACUAUUCGGCAUUCUAUCUUAGCGACGAAGACGACCUGAACAUUGAUCUAGGGCCUACGAAGGACUCAGGCGAAGAUGAUUAUCUUUCUUUUCUUGCUUACGAUACACUCAAGCGUCCUAUCAAACUUCUUCACAACACAGGGGGAAUUCUGCCUGACUUGGAAUUUCCGGAUUCGGACAUUAGUUCCUGGGCUCCAGGAGAGGCUGACAACGUGUCCCUGAUGAACGGACAUCAGGAUAAGACUACAUGCAAUGCUUCCACCCAGACCUGGUUUACAGGGGUGAUCACCUCAGCCGAAUUUUAUCACGGUCCUACGUGCACACAUGAGCAACUUCAAGUGGUUGGAGAAUGA